AAAAAACACCGAAGAACAAAAAGAGGCUGCUGUUUUUUUAUCCUGAGCAGCUGAGCUACUUGUCAAAGCUUUUAUUAACGCAUUAAAUAAUUUUUCGCUUCAUACAGAAAUAAAGAAAUACUCGUCGUUAUGUCUGUGUUUGGAGCAUUAAAACGAUUUGCUUAAAAACCCUGACAGACCUGUUAGAAUGAGUUCAGUCAGAAAUGCCUCCUCUCAGGUUCCUGAUGUUUCCUCACAGACUUCAGAUGGAGGGACAUCGGGAUGGACAGAUGUCUGUGUGAAGAAGGAGGAGACACUGGACCUGAACAUCUACAACCAUGGAGACGAUCACAGAAACAGACCUGAAUUGUGCAUGAAAGAGGAAGAAGCUGACAAUGAAGAUUAUCUCUACAACAACAGCCUGACGCAAGUCUUCUCCUGCUCCCUGUGUUCACUUUCUUAUACGUCUCAAACUGACCUGAACAAACACGUCCAGAGCUGCCACUACCAGGAGUAUGUGAGAUCGCAGACAUCAGGAGAGGUUAAAUCUGAGAUUCACGUGUCUACAAGUGACACCAGUGGUGAUGAGCACAUUCCAUCUGAUGCUCUGAGGUCCAUCAGCUCUGGGAAAGAGAAGCAGAGUGAGAUGUACCACUGCUCAGAGUGUGGAAGGAGAUUUACGAGUCAAAGUGCUCUGAGAGUUCAUCAGUGCUGUCACGCAGGAGAGAAGCCGUAUCGCUGCUUACAGUGUGGGAAGGGUUUUAAUCAAAAAUGUACUCUCCGAAAACACCAUCGCAUUCACACAGGAGAGAAACCGCAUCGCUGCUCACAGUGUGGGAAAGGUUUUAUUCAGAAGAGUGAUCUCCAGCAGCACCAGCGAACUCAUACAGGAGAGAAGCCGUAUCACUGCACACAGUGCGGGAAGAGCUUUAAUCAUCAUAGCCAUCUUCAUCUUCACCAUCGCAUUCACACCGGAGAGAAACCGUAUCAGUGCCCAGAGUGUGGAAAGCGUUUCACCCAGAAGAGUAAUCUCCAGGUCCAUCAGCGCAUUCACACAGGGGAGAAGCCGUACCACUGCUCACAGUGCGGGAAGAGUUUUACCCUUCAAAGUAAUCUUCAACUCCAUCAGCGCAUUCACACCGGAGAGAAGCCACAUCAGUGCUCACAGUGUGGGAGGAGCUUUACUCAUCAGAGUACUUUUCAACGACACCAGCGCAUUCACACAGGACAGAAGCCGUAUUACUGUACAGAGUGUGAGAAGUGUUUUAAUCAUCAAAGUCACCUUCAGCGACAUCAGCGAAUUCACACGGGAGAGAAACCGUAUCAGUGCUCGCAGUGUGGGAAGAACUUCUCUCAGCAGAGUAGCCUUCAUGUCCACCAGCGUGUUCACACAGGAGAAAAGCCGUAUCAGUGCUCGCGGUGCGGCAAAAGUUUCGCUUAUUCGCUUACGUUCAAAACCCACAAGUGCACUAACACAGAACCUUCACCUUAUUUGAAUUAUUUGUCAAAUUGAAUAUGAUUAAACGUGAGUAUGGUGGCUUAGUGGUUAGCACGUUCGCCUCACACCUCCAGGGUCGGGGGUUCGAUUCCCACCUCCGCCUUGUGUGUGUGGAGUUUGCAUGUUCUCCACGUGCCUCGGGGGUUUCCUCCGGGUA